ACGGCAGUCCUUGUGUGGGUGUUUGAGUGCUCAGUGCACUGAACAGCCUUCCAGCUUUCGCUUCUGUGGAGCUGUUUUCAGUUUGUUAAACCAACGUGGAUUGGAAUGCACCGGUUUGUCUGUCUUUUGAGGAAAUACUGAAGAUUACAGUUUAUUUCAAUACUUUUUUUUCGUCUAAAAACUGCUGAGCCUUGCCCUCUGGUCUCUGAGCGUUUGAUGGAGUUCCUGCAGAGGAGUGGUGACUACUGCCACGCUCAGCAUCCCAGUGUCUGAGGAGAUGCCCCGGUCCGCGCCCAGCGCCGACACCUGAGUGCCAGGAGACGUCCCAUUCCGAGGCUGCACCUGCACACUGAUGGGUUAACGGGCAUUGGCGCACGCACAGCAACGGACAGUGUUCCGCCGUAACCCCGCCCCCGCCCCCCGCCACCCUACCCUGGUGCCACUCACAGACGGAAGGGCUUAGCAAGAUUGCCAGAACAGUCUUCCUGACAUUUUUAUUUAUAAAUAUUUUCUCAUGUAAGAUAUAUUCGCAAAAUCUGGAAAGUAGAGGAACUCUGGGGGGGUCUAAGCUGAGCAGUGAGUGGAUGCUGCUUCAUUGGAAGGGGGGGCGCACGGCCAUCUUUGUUUCGGGAGCCCGGCCCAACUUUGCGUGACUUCUGACGACGGACACCAUGGCAAGGAUGAAUCGGCCUGCCCCUGUGGAGGUCUGCUACAAGAACAUGCGCUUCCUCAUCACGCACAACCCCAACAACGCCACCCUGAGCACUUUCAUCGAGGAUCUGAAGAAGUACGGGGUCACCACAGUGGUGAGAGUGUGUGAAGUCACCUACGACAAAGCCCCGCUGGAGAGAGACGGCAUCACUGUCAUGGACUGGCCCUUCGACGACGGCGCUCCGCCCCCAACUAAGAUAGUGGAGGACUGGCUGAGUCUGCUGAAGAGCAAGUUCUGUGAGGACCCAGGCUGCUGUGUGGCUGUGCACUGUGUGGCCGGACUGGGGAGAGCUCCCGUUUUGGUGGCCUUGGCACUGAUCGAGAGCGGAAUGAAAUACGAAGACGCCAUUCAGUUCAUUCGGCAGAAACGCCGGGGGGCAAUCAACAGUAAGCAACUAACAUACCUGGAGAAGUACCGGCCAAAACAGAGACUGCGCUUCAAAGACCCGCACAACCACAAGAACAAGUGCUGCAUCAUGUAACUGAAGCCACCCCCCCCCCCCCCUUACUCUAACGGAUCCCUCGACUGUGACGGACCUGGAGCGAGAUCCGACGCGCUCGGAGUCCCCCCCCCCCCCUCCACCCCCCUACCCAAAAAAGGAAGACCCUCUUGUGUGGGAUUCCUCUCAAGCUCAGGGCGGUCAGAAACAAGCCUCUGAAACGUAGUCUUUGCAGGUUAAUCCCACACACUGGCUAACCGCUUAGCAUACAAAAGUUAUCUAGCACUGCCAGGCAUUGCUCAAGUGCUCUAGACUCUCCUUGGGUUUACAGCCGCACACUGACUCCCUUCUCCCGCCCCUUUUCUGGACUGCCCAAUGGCAUGCUUGCUUCCUGAAAGCCCACCAAUGCCACAAACAGGCUGCCACUUCUUUGCUGGUAUUAGAAAUCCUGUACUUGUGUGGGCAAGAGAUAAAAAUCAUGAAACUUUAAUUACCUUGCCCAUGAGCAUUCUAUAUCAUGCACAUCAUUUGUGUUCUGUUUAACUUGCCAUCGUGACGCUCAUGUUUAUUUUUUCUUCCUAUGCCGUCAUGGCGUAUGUACCACGAGAAUGGGAGGAAGUGGGAGGAGGCUGUUUUCAAAAUAGAAUGUUUUUUUAUUGGUUUUUUUACGCAUUUACUGCUUGUAUUUAUAAACAUCCAGCAUUAGGACACGUCAUCUACAUCUGGGUAUGGGGAGUGUUUGUGUGUGGGAGUGCGUGUAUGUUUGUGAGUGCGCGUGUGUUUGUGAGUGCGUGCGUGUUUGUGAGUGCGUGCGUGUUUGUGAGUGCGUGCGUGUUUGUGAGUGCGUGCGUGUUUGUGAGUGCGUGCGUGUUUGUGAGUGCGUGCGUGUUUGUGAGUGUUUGAGUGCGUGCGUGUUUGUGAGUGCGUGUGUUUGUGAGUGGGUGUGUGUUUGUGUGUGUGUGUGUGUGUGUGUGUGCGCGCGUGUGCAUGUGUGUGUGUGUUGCGCGUGUGCGUGAGAGAGGGAGAGAGAAUUGUGAUGUGACAUACAUUAACCCUUUCUGGGCAGUGCCCCCCCACCCCAGUUGUGAGAUCUUGUGAAAGGUCUGCUUCUCUGUGUCCCUGUGGCCAGGUACUGAAGCAGUGGCUUCUCGGGACACUUCUUCCCUGAAUGUCGCUGACUUCAAAUUCGUUCAUGAAAUCAACUUUAAAAUGUGGACCGUUCCUGCGGGCAUGCGUGUGUGUAUGUGUUGUAUAGCGGUGUGUUUGAAUAAAUAAUACCAGCAAACUGAAA